AUGGCCGAUGAAGCCUCUGAAGCGGCCAUCCUGGCGGCUGUCCAAGAUGACAGCCGCAGCAAUGCGAUCCUGACGGUGACAGCGGUCUUCCUCGGUAUCUCUCUCUUCAGCGUCCUACUUCGAUGCUUCGUCCGAACUCGCGUCGUGCGCGCAUUUGGAUGGGAUGAUAUCAUGAUGCUUUUGGCAAUGGUUCUCAAUCUCGCCUUUGCGAUUUGUGGAAUUUUGGGAGCCAAGUAUGGCAUGGGGCGGAAAUUGCUCUACUUCGAAAAAUACCCUGAGAACUUCCACCGCGCCCUUCUCUGCUGGUGGAUGGGUCAGAUCUUCUAUGUCAUCACUUGUGUCAUCGCCAAAGUGUCGAUUAUCAUCACCCUGUUGCGCAUCACGGUCGAUCGCCUGCACGCCUGGAUCCUCUAUGCCGCCAUUUCCUUGGCCACCGUCGUGGGCCUCAUUUUCUUACUUUUCACCAUCUUCCAAUGUACACCAGUCGAUUACUUUUGGAACCAAUUGUCUGAGCAGGGCACCUGUGUCAACAAGAACACUCUCAUUGGAAUCGCAUACCUCUAUAGUGUCGGUGCCGCCGUGACGGAUCUCACAAUUGGUCUCCUCCCGGUAGCGUUGAUCUGGAACCUGCGAAUGAACCAGCGCACUAAAACUGCCAUUAUUGGUAUUCUGGGCAUUGGCUGCAUUGCGAGCGCUGCUGUCAUCGUCCGGAUUCCCUUCGUUCACCAUUAUAAAGACCGCGAAUUUUUGUACAACACUUACCAAAUCUCCAUCUGGUCUAACGUCGAGGCCGGUCUGGGCAUCACCGCCGGCUGUCUGACCACUCUCCGACCCCUCAUCCGAUUUCUCCGCGACGGCUCCUCCGCCUCGCGCAGCCGCAACAAUCGUACGCCCGGAUCUUUUCCCUUAUCCAGCAACGUGGCGCAGGGGUUCCACCGAUCCUCCCAUCGGUCCAAGCACGAGGAGGACGAUCGCGACGGUCGAAACCAACUCUGGACAGGCAGCGAGCAUGAUGACUACCAUGGCAUUACCACAACGAUUAUGGGUAGCCAACGUCCUAAUCCCACCAGCAGCAGCGAAGAGGAUCUUAACCCGAGCAAUCAUACCACGCACGGCGGAUGGAAGGUUGAACGGUCCGUUCGGGUGUCCGUGCGCGAUUCUUGA